AUGUGCGGCUUCCACGUCGUCCGAGCUGUACUGACUUGGAAUAAUGACGCUUUCGAAUUUAUACCUGAGUUAACGAUCACGGGAGGGUCGAGAAGGGGUGGCGAUCCAUUAAAAGACUUCGCCGGCAUAAGGUUGCUCGAUUGGUUCACGUACAAGAAUCCUAAACGUCGCGUCGUCGACGACCAGGGAGUCAAGAAGGUGAAAGGUUCUCACCCCAAGCUCGCGAUCAGGAAGAAUUACGUACCCAGAGGUCUGAAGAGUGUUGCGGUGAACUCGGCGUCCUACCUCAACGAGGACGCCAAGAAGAUACCUGUCGAUGAGAAGUUUUUAUACGAGUAAAUGAUCGUUAUUUAUAUUACGUCAGGUGUGACAAUCGGUCUGUUCAUGUUCGGGGAGGAACAACGGUGGUCUCCAGAUUCAAGAGAAAAGAAAAGAAAUAAAUUGUAUUAUAAAAAUAUAGCCAUCGUCCCAGACGUAUGCAUUAUGGAGCUUCCCGGAAGAAAGAGUUUUAAAUAUUUUAUCCCAUUAGUAUUUUUUAUAUCGAAGUGAAAAGUACUAAAUAAUAUUGUAUUUUUAAUCGUAAAGAUAAUAAAUAAUAAAUAUCGG